AUGACUUUCGUAACGUCUUGCGGCCCAGGAGUGAGCCUAAAAUUCCGAGCAACUCCGGCCAAUACGCAUCGAGUUCACAUUCCAGUCGUCGCGAAGUGCACAGGCCUGUCCUGUGACAGGAAACGCUAUAGAGCCAAAGUGAGGACCAACCACGCUACCAAUGUUAGCAUAAUGUCAGCUGCUGAUUUCACAUGUACAAAAAUGAAUUCCCGGGCUCGUUUAUGCAUAGCUACCAUGCGGGCUGACGCACUCCUCACCGAGUUAUCUCAGACUACGUAG